AUGUCUGAGGAGAAGAAAGUCCGUCUACUGAUGCGUGGUGUAAAGGAGGAACUUUUCUCCGGAAUGGUAGAGAGCCCACCGCAGACCGUCGAGGAGUUUCUUCGCGAGGCCACCAGCAUCGAGAAGACACUGGAAACGCGGAACCGCACCGGCAGAAUGAAGUCCCCAAACAUAGAUGCCUCUCUGCUGAAGUUCUCCUUGCGUCUGUACAAGCAAGUCCUUUGCCAAAACAACCAGAUUGAUAACAUCGUCUGCUCACCCAUAAUCAUCGCCGCCGCGAUCUCCAUCCUGCUCGCCAGUGCCCCCAACAAAACUGCCAAGGAACUGUACGGCUUGCUCCAGGUAAAGGUAAGCGUCGAUAAGUUGCGCGAUCAUUCUUCCGCGCUUCUCCCCGACCUAAAUACAUACGCUCCCGAGGCCUCCUUCCACGUGGGAAGCGGGAUGUACAUCGAGCAGCAGCUUCCGGUGCAAGCCGGCUAUAUCUCCGUUCAGCAAAAUUUCUUCGGGACGACUGUCAAGUCCGUCAACUUGAAGAACAGUCUCGAAGCGGCGCGGCAGGAAGCAAAUGCGUGGGUUGCGCAAGAGACGGCCUCCAAGAUUAGGGAACUCAUCCCGCCGGAAAUCAUCGAUGUCGAUACAGCGUCGAUCCUGUUGAACGCCGUCUACGUCCAGGGAUUCUGGCAGUCUCCCUUCCAGUAG